AUGGGAGCAGGUGGUGACACUGUGGACAAGGACAGCGUCUUCGCCAACUACAAGUCCGUGUUUUCACGCCAGUUUGCUGUAUCCUUGGCUGUGGAGUUUCUGGGUGUGAUGUUCUUCCAGAUCAUUGGCGGAACUUCUGCUCCCGACUUUGCUCCUUUUGUGAAUGGCUUCGCGCUGGCCGUGUGGAUCUAUGUCGCCGCAAACAUCAGUGGUGGCCACCUGAACCCAGCCGUGAGCUGCAGCACCGCAGUUUGCGGCUUCUACCCGGUGAUCCACACUGUCAUCUAUGUCAUCCUGCAGAUUGUGGGCGCAAUCGUUGGUGCAUGGGUCUCGGCGGGGCUGGUACCUGGUGCUGGCGACCUGAUCGGCACUGGCGGAACUGGCCCUGGCUGCUUCGAUCGUUCCGUCAUCCAUGCAGACAUCACGGACGCGCAGGUUUUCGGCUGGGAGUGCGUCAUGACCUUUACACUGAUCUCUUGCGUCUAUGCCUGUGGUGUCGCCAAGCCAGGCCAUGGUAGCCACACGCCCUUUGCUGUGGGUCUGGCGCUGCUGGCCUGCGCCGGAUCCGGCGGCCAGUACACCGGAGCGGCUCUGAAUCCAGCCCGAGUCCUGGGACCCAUGGCGGUGUUCCAUUGUGGCACCGAUGUGGCCGGCCUUUACAUCGGAG